ACAUCAGCAUUUGUAGAGCACCAGUAUGACAGGACGAGCAAGAGCAAGAUCGAGGGGCAGAGGUCGUGGUCAGGAGCCUGCUGCUCCUGGCGCACAACCACCUGUAUCACAAGAGGCUGCAAAGCCUGUUGUGUCCACUUCGUCUGAAGUACAACUGGUGGGCAGAGGGAGACAGAAACCUGCACCUGGAGCCAUGUCUGAAGAAGCGAUGCUCCAGAUUUCUGCAGGCUUUCAGCAGGUGAAGAUCGGUGAAAGAGGUGGACGCAGACGGGAUUUCCAUGAUUCUGGUGUCCACACUCGUCAACUCAUGGAACACGUGAAAGAAUCCAAAAUGGGUGUUUCUGGGACUGCCAUUGAGCUGAGGGCCAAUUUCAUGCGUCUGCUUUCACGUCCUAUGUGGGCUUUGUAUCAGUAUCAUGUAGACUACAAGCCACCAAUGGAGUCCAGGCGAGUGCGUUCGGCUUUGCUUUUCCAGCACGAGGAAACUCUGGGGAAAGCACACACCUUUGAUGGAUCCAUUCUCUUUCUCCCCAACAAACUGCAUAACACUGAGACAGUCCUGUGCAGUGAGACCAGAAAUGGAGAGAAGGUUGAAAUCACUGUGACACUGACCAAUGAGCUGCCGCCGUCCUCUCCUGUAUGCCUGCAGUUUUACAACAUCCUCUUCAGGAGAAUUUUGAGAAUACUAAACAUGCAGCAGAUCGGACGUCAUUACUACAAUCCUGAUGACCCAUUCAACAUCCCACAGCACAGGCUGACAAUUUGGCCUGGCUUCAUGACCACCAUCCUACAGUAUGAGUCCAGCAUCAUGCUGUGCUCUGAUGUAAGCCACAAGGUUCUGCGCAGCGAGACGGUUCUUGACUUCAUGUACAGUUUGAGACAGCAGUGUGGAGACCAGCGCUUCCCUGAAGCCUGCACGAAGGAGCUUGUGGGCCUGAUCAUUCUGACCAAGUACAACAACAAGACAUACAGGAUUGAUGACAUUGCCUGGGAUCAUACUCCCAACAACACAUUUAAGAAAGGAGAUACAGAAAUCUCAUUCAAGAACUACUUCAAAACGCAAUAUGGUCUUGACAUAACAGAUGGCAACCAGGUUCUUCUCGUUAGCCAUGUGAAGAGACUUGGCCCCUCAGGACGGCCUCCACCAGGACCAGCUAUGCUUGUCCCAGAGUUCUGCUACCUCACUGGUCUAACGGAUAAGAUGCGCGCUGAUUUUAAUAUCAUGAAAGAUCUUGCCUCACAUACACGGCUGAGUCCUGAACAGAGAGAGGGCCGAAUUACCCGCUUAAUAUCCAACAUCAAUAGAAAUGGAGACGUGCAGAAUGAACUGACAACUUGGGGUCUAAGCUUUGAGAACAAGCUUCUGAGUCUAAAUGGGAGAGUUUUGCCCUCUGAGAGGAUCAUACAGGGAGGCAGAGCAUACGAGUAUAACCCAUGGACAGCUGACUGGUCUAAAGAGAUGAGAGGUCUCCCUCUGAUUAGCUGCAUGUCUCUGGACAACUGGCUCAUGUUCUACACGCGCAGAAAUGCAGAUGUUGCCCAAUCUCUGCUUCAGACUCUCAACAAAGUUUCUGGACCCAUGGGGAUCCGCAUGCAGAGGGCUGUCAUGAUUGAGUAUGAAGAUCGUCAGGAAUCUCUCCUGAGAGCCUUGCAACAAAAUGUAGGACGUGAAACACAGAUGGUGGUGGUGAUCUUGCCUACCAAUCGAAAAGACAAGUAUGACUGUGUGAAGAAGUACCUGUGUGUGGACUGCCCGACGCCUAGUCAGUGUGUGGUGUCUCGCACCAUCAGCAAACCUCAAGCACUUAUGACUGUGGCCACCAAGAUUGCUUUGCAGAUGAACUGCAAAAUGGGAGGAGAGCUGUGGAGUGUAGAAAUUCCACUCCGGCAGCUCAUGAUUGUAGGCAUAGACUGUUACCAUGAUACCGCUGCUGGGAAGAGAUCUAUCGGAGCAAUGGUGGCCAGUCUAAAUCAGGGCAUGUCUAGGUGGUUCUCAAAGUGUGUCUUGCAAAACCGUGGACAGGAGAUCAUCGAUGCACUGAAAGGGUCAUUGCAAGGUGCUCUGAAGGCCUAUCUGAAACACAACAAUUCUCUGCCCUCACGCAUCAUCGUGUACCGAGAUGGAGUUGGAGAUGGCAUGCUGCAGAGCGUGGUGGACUAUGAAGUUCCUCAGAUCAUGCAGUCUAUCAAGACCAUGGGACAAGAUUACGAGCCCAAGCUCUCAGUAGUGGUGGUGAAAAAGCGCAUCAGCUCCAGAUUCUUUGCUCGGAUUGAUGGCAAAAUUGCCAAUCCCCCUCCUGGGACAGUCAUUGACACUGAAGUCACUCGUCCAGAGUGGUAUGAUUUCUUCAUUGUAAGCCAGGCUGUGCGCUUUGGGUGUGUCGCACCUACUCACUACAAUGUAGUGUUUGACAACAGCGGCCUUAAACCAGAUCACAUGCAGAGACUCACCUACAAACUCUGCCACAUGUACUACAACUGGCAGGGGAUUGUGCGAGUGCCAGCUCCAUGCCAGUAUGCCCACAAAUUGGCCUUCCUGGUUGGCCAGAGCAUUCACAAGGAGCCUAACAUGAACCUGGAUGACUUCCUGUACUACCUGUAACUGGUCGAAGAGUCCAUAUGCAGGGUCCUGAAGAACAGUGGGACCAUAAUUUAUUUUUCAAGUUGAAUGGAAAGAGUACGCUAUCAAGAGAACUUUCAUUUUAUACCUACAAUUACAGUUUUGAGAUGAGCAGGUAUAACAAAAAAAAUUGUGUUUGAAAGGAGAAAUGCUUUUAUUUCAAAUGUUGAUUUCAAUUGUGUGCCUUGAGUUCAGUCUAGUGUCUUGUGGUUAUAA